AUGCCGAGCUUUUGUCCCCGGUGCGGAGACUUUGUUGAGGCUGACGCGUGCGACAAGUGCGGCGAAGCAGCGGUGACGGCCAAGGAGAACCCGUGGAAGAUGGCGGCCAAGGUGCUUGGGGGCGACCACAUGAGCGUUCCCGCGGUACCGACGGCCUUUACUGCUUCCGCGCGUAUCAAGAUGAUGGGCGUUCAGCCCGUGCAAGAGCCCGUGCGCAAGGAGAGAGCUGAAGCGCGUUUCAACUUUGUGCCGCAGGACCCGAGCACGCAGUUAGCCUUGUCGAAGGGCGACGAGGUGGAUGUGGUGCGCAAAGACAGUGACGGCUGGUGGUUUAUUAUCAAGGAUGGUGAAAAGGGCCUUGUGCCGGGCUCGUAUUUGCACAUUGAGAACCCCGUUAUUCCUGUAAGGGAUGCCGCAAUUCUGGCUGCUCGGGAGGCUUCUAAUCAGAGGUUUUUAGAGAUGCAACGCACUGCCAAAGACAACGACGCACAGGGUAUCGAGCCAGGCGUCGAAUAUCAGUCUCCACUUGGGCUAGAACCACUUCAAAUUGCAGACUCAUGCGCACCAAGGCCACCGACUGGACCCGUGCGUGCUGACGCCAAGUCGGGUGGCACCAAAUUCAAGCCUGGUGAGGUGCGCAAGUUAAGGAAGUGCUGCGCUUGCAAGGAAACGAUACUAGGCCGAACAAAGGUGUGCAAGAACCAGAUUUUUCACGAAAUCUGUCUUUUGUGCAAAGGCUGUCGCGAGCCGAUCGAAGAGGACGAAGAGUUUGCACUUAUCAAGAAGAAAGCAUAUCAUGCAGACUGCGCGAAAGAUGUCAACCACUGCUUUGUGUGCGAGAAGGAGAUUUUGGGCCGAGUGUAUCGAGCAGACGGCGGCGCCUUUCACAAACUUUGCAUGGUCUGCUCAUCGUGCAACAAACACUCGAAAGAGGCUGGAGCGAAGUUGCUUAACGACCUUCUCGUGUGCAGUGACUGCGUUGCGGAAACCGAGAGAAAAGAAAAAGAGGAGCGAGAAGCUGCGCUCGAACGCGAACGAGCUGCCGCCCAAUUGAAAAAAGAAAAGGAGGCAGCUCUUGCUGCAGCGAGGGCGUUGGAAGAAGAGAAGGAACGACAGAAGCGAGAAGCAGAGGAGGCUGCUUGCGCUAAGGCGAAGGUAGAAGCUGACGCAGUAGCGCGUUUUCAUGCAGAGUCAAAUGCAGUAGACGCUGGAGUGCUGCUAAAGACUUCUGCAGUUGGUUCGAACGGAAAAGGUCGAUCUGGGACAGACGGUUUUCGAUCCAGUACAUCAAAUCUGGAUCAGUUUGAUUUGGAGGCUACGCCAUUCGACUUGUCGGGCCAUCAUAGUCGAAUUUCGGCCGUGUCGGAUCUGGACUCGGUUCUUAGCGACGGCGAUUAUACUGGAUACAUGGCGACCGGUCAAAGAGACUCGAUGCGGUUGUCCGAGGUACUUGACCUCGAGUCAUACGGUGACGAUCGUACGUCCGACCUCAGCGGUAUUGCAGAGGGAGCUGCAGAGCAGACGAGGCCGCGGCGCUCAACGAUUGAAAGAGAUGUGAACGAAAUUGAAGGGGCCUUUUCUGAUGAUGAGGAUGAUCGUGAGUUGUGUGGUGGAUGCGGCCUCGUUCUCGAAGGCGAAGCCGUUGGUGCUCUUAACCAGUACUUUCACUACGAGUGUUUUAAGUGUUCCCAGUGCAGUCGCGUUAUUGCCGAAGACGAUGGCUACGCCGAAAAGGAUAAUCAGGCAUUUCACCAAGCUUGUUACCAAACUCGUUUUGGCAAAACGUGUCACCGAUGCAGCAGAAUUCUCAAAGGAAAGGUUGUAAAGGCCCUUGAUCACCUUUACCACCCAGACUGCUUCGUGUGCUUCCAAUGCAGUGCUUCCCUUUCAGCAGAAAGUUUCUUUGAGCACGAAAGCGAAGCAGUAUGCGCCAAGUGCAAGCACGAUGCCUUAGCUUUGAGUAACGAUUCCGGCCCCUCAGUUAUGACGACCCCAGUGUCUAAGGGUAUAGCUGGCUAUCGAUUUGAUGCCCAGGAUGACACACAAUUGACUAUUUAUCCGGGCGACGAGGUCGCUAUCCUCCAAAAGGAUGAGGAUGGCUGGUGGCUAGUGGAACUAAAAAAAAGUCGUGGAUACGUGCCAGGUUCGUAUUUGAUUGAGCGCCCUGUUGAAAAGCCCAAGCCUAUACCGAAGAGCGCGUGCGACAGCAAGCCAAUACGAACGCCGGGUCUAUGCAUCUCGUGCUCAACGCAAAAUCCUUCCGAGGCGCGUUUUUGCCGAUGCUGCGGCAACAAUUUGAUGGCCAGCUAG